AUGCAAAUCCCUCGCCCUCGAGUGUCUUUUCCGACCCUCCAGAUUCCACCACUUCCCAAGACUCAAGCUUUGUCUAGCACAACAUUCAAGCCCCCGCCUCUCGAUGGAUCCUUGUCCCUUCCCGAGAUUUAUGACUGGCACUAUACUCAUACCCCAUCUCAUCCUAUCUUCGUUUAUCCUGACGGUCUCGGUGGCGUGAAAACAGUACUCUGGCCUGAGGCUGUACGCGCCGUACAUACUGGUGCUCGGAUCGUCCAGGCUAAGCUUGGAAUCUCCACCCCAAGCUCCGAAAGACAUCCUGUCGUUGCCAUAUUUGCAUCUUCUGAUACGAUCACGUAUUUCACCGUCAUAGCAGCAAUUUGUCGCGCCGGAUGUGCUGCUUUCCUCGUCUCGCCUCGCAACUCCUCGACCGCUGUGGCCCAUCUUCUAGCUCAAACCGACACCAAACAUAUUCUGGUCGGGCACGAAACUGCUCUUCGGAAUACUCUGGAGACAGCUCUUAAGAUUAUGCAUGAAGAACGGCUCGUGUCGGUUCUUCCCCAAUUCUCCCAUAUUCCCACGUAUGCGGACAUGUACCUUGAAGAUGAUGGACAGUUUGAGCUUCUACCACCAUUUCAUCCUACCUUAGAUUCCUUGGCUGUUGUUCUCCAUUCUUCAGGCUCUACGGCUUUCCCAAAGCCAAUUCCCUGGUCGCACAUAUCCCUGAUGCAAAUUGGUUACGUUCCUUAUUUCGGCGAGAAAGACAUGACGGGUGUCAGAUUUUCUUGUCAUGCUAUGCCGAUGUACCACGGGAUGGGGAUGAUGCAGACUGGAUGGACGGCCACUGCAGGUUUGACUCUUACCGCAGCGAAACCACAAACUCCCGCAUUAGCGGCUACGCCUGAAAACGUCUUUUCUGGGUUGGUGGAAACUCAAAGUGAUAUUGUGUUCUGCGUGCCCAGUUUCAUCGAGAAUUGGGCCCAAAAUCCAGCAUACGUUUCCAGGCUGACACAGACAGAUGGUCUCCUCUUUGGGGGCGGACCACUGAACAAGAAGGUUGGCGACGCCCUCACUAGAGAAGGCAUCUCGAUCUAUAUCCUAUAUGGCUGCUCUGAAAUAGGGAUCAUGAGUCCGAUUCUGCCUCUGUCCUCAAGCUUGGACUGGGAAUAUUUUGAGCUGUCAUCGCAAAUGAAAGGAGUGUACGUUCCGAAUGGGUUCGGGCAGGCAGAGCUUGCCAUCGUGCCAAACCCGUAUGAAAUGCCUUGUGUGAUCAAUGGUACGGUCGGAGGCGAGGAUUGCUAUUAUACUAGCGACCUAUUCAGUCCCCAUCCAACGAAACCCGGCUAUUGGAAAGUUUUUGGCCGGUGUGAUGAUCAAAUUAUGCAUAACACGGGAGAAAAGACGAACCCUGGCCCACUAGAGAAUAUCCUGAAUCAAGACCCUCGAGUACUCUCUUCGGUGAUGUUUGGAACAGGGCGCUUCAACGCGGGCGUCAUCAUCGACCCUCGGCCAGAAUACAAGUUCGACCCUAAUGACACCGAGAAACUCAGUCAGUUUCGGACAGAUAUUUGGCCGUCUGUCACCCGUUUGAACGAGUAUGCCCCGCAACAUUCACGUUUGUUCAAGGAGAUGAUUGUCGUGGCCUCCCCGGACAAGCCGUUACAGUACACUGCCAAAAAUACGGCGCGAAGGCAAGUCAUUAUAAAGGAAUAUGAAGCCGAGAUCGAAGCGCUGUAUCGUACUGUUGAGGAGACCACGCAAACCCAGAUAGGCUCGCCAACCAAAUGGAGCCUCUCGUCAAUUCGUUUGUUCGUGCGCAACGUUGUCAAGAACGUUAUUCAGUACAAGCAACUAGCCGACGACCAAGAUUUCUUCCAGUAUGGGUGCGAUAGUUUACAGGCCACUUGGAUUCGCAACACGCUCUUCAGAUGCCUCCGUGACGCUGCCUCCGUCAAUACGAACCUCGUGUCUCAUAGCAUCGUUUACGAACACCCGACAAUCGAAAGCCUUGCAUCACACGUCUUUCACAUCGGCAGCCGUUCCUCCGCUCACACUGCGUCUAUGACACCCGAAGCAAAGCUUCGAGAUAUGGACGAUAUGGUGAAAAAAUACACUCAGGGCUUGCAAGUUGCUACCCCUGUGCCGAGUACAAAGGAGGCUAUGCCGGAGAAGGACGUUCUCCUCGUAACCGGUACGACCGGAGCUCUGGGUGCAGCUUUUUUGGCCCAGCUCGUUGGCACUCACUCUGUCUCUCGCGUCUACGCCGUAAACCGUCGGGUUCAUGGCUCACUCUCGUUGGGAGAGAGACAGCUCAAGGCAUUCGAGAAGCAGGGGUUACCCUGUGGUAUCCAGUCAGAAAAGCUUGUGCUGAUAGAGACAAAUAUGGACGAGGCUGACCUGGGUUUGACUUCCGCGCUGUUGGAUCAGAUUCGUGCGUCGGUGACACACAUUGUGCAUAUUGCUUGGCGUGUAGAUUUCAACCUGAGUCUGUCCUCUUUCGAGGCGAACGUGCGGACCGUCCGGAUGCUAGUAGACCUGGCGCUGUCGUCCACUCUUCCUGUCCUCCCUCGCCUCACUUUCACCAGCACUAUUGGUGUUUUACGUAAUGUCGCUGGGACGGGACCUGUACCAGAGGAUUUCACAGAUAGCUCAUCGGCCAUCGGAAGUGGGUACAGCCAGUCGAAAUGGGUAUCGGAGGCGAUCCUUCACAGAGUCAGUCAAGAAACUCGUCUGCGGCCGAUAAUCGUCCGCGUCGGUCAGAUCAGCGGUGCCAUGAACGGGUAUUGGAACGAAACCGACUGGGUCCCUUCCAUGAUCAAGUCCGGCCGCACACUGGGAUGUUUUCCCCAGAUGAGCCAGGUCAUAACGUGGAUCCCUCUGGACGAGGCAGCUCGUGUCCUAGUUGAAAUGUGUAACGCGGACAGCCCUAUCUUACAUCUCGUACAUCCCAACCCCGUCGGCUGGUCGGUUGUUGCAGAUGCUGUCUCUAAGGUGUUGGACACGCCACUGGUCACAUACCAAGAGUGGCUUGCGCUGCUUCAGGCUCGCGCUCAUCUUAGCGAAGACACUGACUCUGGGUUGCCCGCAGCGAAGAUCCUCCCCUUCUUUCAAGCGGACAAUCUUGAUAUCACAGUGGAGGUCAUGGGUUUCCCAAACCUUGAUAUCACAGCUGCGUGCAAGGCUUCACCGACGUUGAGCUCACGAACGGUGAGAGUCAUUGAUUCGGAGGAUGUGGUGCGGUGGAUAGAGAACUGGAGGCGGAGAGGUUUUUUGGCUUGAGGUAUGGUGGUGAUCGAUGGCUCAGAGGGUGGUGAAUCUUGUAAUUACCCGAGAUUGGUACAUAUAUUUCGCUUAGUAUGCUGUCGCCGAUAUUCCUGACUUUCAGAUGUAAAUCGUACUCGUAGAGGCUUGCGUUGGAGUGG